AUGCUACGCUCGUUUUCGUCUUCCUCAGGAGGGAACUUGGUUCUCCCCUCUCCCCGCAAAUUGCAAUGGAACUUCUUCGCCUUGUGGAGCCCAGUCACUUGUGCUGGUCAUCUUUCUUCAACUCAUUGCCCGCUACUCAUUCCGCGAAUGUCCUGAAUGAGAAACCUCGCAACACUCGAAAGCUACGUCGUUUCCAUGUUCAGUCAUCGAAACAAUGCUCCAAUCCCGAGUCCUCUGGGCUCCAGAAGGACACCAGGAAGGACUUGUCUCGGAUUCUCAGAACGGAAGCUGCUAUUAGGGGUAUUGAGAAUAAGGCUAAUGCAAAGAAGUACAAACAGCUAUGGCCCAAGGCCGUUCUGGAAGCUUUGGAUGAAGCUAUCAAAGAAAUUCGCUGGGAAGCUGCUCUGAAGAUUUUUGCUCUUCUUCGUAAGCAACUUUGGUAUGAACCAAGAUGCCAGACAUACACAAAAUUGUUGAUGAUGCUAGGCAAGUGCAGAAAACCGGAGGAAGCAAGCCUGCUAUUCGAGGUCAUGUUGUCUGAAGGGCUUAAACCUACUAUUGAUGUCUACACUGCUCUUGUAAGUGCUUAUGCUCAAAGCGGUCUCCUUCACAAGGCUUUUGAUUUAGUCGAAGAUAUGAAAUCAGUCACUGAUUGCAAGCCUGAUAUAUAUACAUAUUCCAUUCUUCUCAAUAGUUGCACAAAACACCGUCGGUUUGAUUUGAUUGAGCACAUUCUUGCUGAAAUGUCAUAUCUGGGCAUUGAAAAUAAUAACGUGAUAUACAAUACCAUUAUUGAUGGAUAUGGAAAGGUUGGUAUGUUUGAACAGAUGGAGUAUUCUCUGACAAAUAUGAUUGAAAUUGGCAACUGCCAACCGGAUGUUUUUACAUUGAAUUCCUUGGUUGGAGCAUAUGGAAAUAGUGGCCAAAUUGAGAAUAUGGAGAAGUGGUAUGAGGAAUUUCAGCUAAUGGGAAUUAAACCAGACAUAAAGACAUUCAAUAUUAUGAUAAGGUCAUAUGGUAAAGCAGGCCUCUAUGAUAAGAUGAAGUCUGUCACGGGUUUCAUGGAAAAGAGGUUUUUCUCUCCAACAGUUGUAACCUAUAAUACAAUAAUUGAGGUGUUUGGAAAGGCUGGAGAAAUUGACAAGAUGGAUAGGUACUUUAAGAAAAUGAAGCAUCUAGGAGUGAAGCCUAAUUCUAUAACCUAUUGCUCUCUGGUCAAUGCAUACAGUAAAGCUGGGUGCAUGGAAAAAGUUGACUCAAUCAUGAGGCAAGUGGAAAAUUCUGAUGCAGUGUUGGACACUCCGUUCUUCAAUUGCAUAAUUAGUGCCUAUGGUCGGGCUGGUGACUUAAAUAAAAUGGGCGAGUUAUUCUUGUCAAUGAGAGAAAGAAAAUGUGAGCCUGAUACCAUCACUUUUGCUAGCAUGAUACAAGCUUAUAAUAGACAAGGCAUGACAGAGGCUGCUCAGAAGUUAGAAAACAUGAUGAUUACUGCCAAAGAUGGCUUUGGCACUAAGUUGAUCAGAGGCUAACGUGUUCAAUUUGAUGGAAGAAUUACUUCACAAUUCUAUACUGCACAUGUUCCAUGAUGACCUGAACUGCAAAAGAUUUGAGAAUACUAACAGGAUAAUCUGUCCGUGAAUGUGCAAGACUUUGUGAUCUACAUAGCACCAGAUUUAGUCGCUAAUGUACCUAACUUCCAUCAAGAUUGAUUACAUAGCUCUAGUGAAGCUGACUGAAAAUUGAACCUGGAAGACGAUAAGUAUUGUUGAUGUGAAGUGGCUACACCAGUUCAUGGAUGCUUUGUUGCCUUUCCUGAACCCACUGAGCCCUGCUGUUCCUUAUUUAGCAAGAGGAAUUAGUUUCCUAUGACCUGAUAUAGCAUUGAGCUUCAUGGAAAGAGCCAUCUGCCUCAUCCAUCGACUUAGUUUGCCAAAAAUUGAACUGUGCUAUUUCUGCAGGGAAUCUAUCUUACAACAACUCGAAUAUUAAACUCGUAUCACAUUAACUAGAAGCCAUACCUGAAUAUUAUGUUCAAGGCAUCACAGAAAGCUGAUGAAAUCAUCUGCUACAACACAAGAUUUAUGUACAGAAAAUUGCAUCUUAUUUCCUAUAAAUGCAUAGGGAUUCAGGAGCCUAAUUUGUGAAUAAAAGAAUAGCCAUGCCUCGAUUAUUUUCUUUUGUUCCUUUCUUUUCCCUGGUGCAUUGAUUCAUCUCGCUGUUGGUCCGCUGGUCAUUGCGUGGAGCAAUUUCGUUAUUGGGGGAAACAAACGUCCCUGACAAGAACUGGGGCAGGCCGACAGGGGAAGGUGGCCCAAAUAUCUUUGAAGAUGAUAACUAUUUAUAUGGUUGAAGAUUUUGAGCAGCUCUUUUGUUUUGGUGCUGUUGGGCCUCAAGUUGGACUUCAAUGUAAUACAAGUAUUCCCCCUAUGCCAAAAUUCCUCCUGAAGGAAAAAUUUAACGCAUUGUUCUCAAUUUACAGCUGUAGCCUGUAAGGGAGUUGAACGUGUGUUUAUGAAUAAAGUUUGGUUGUUUUUUUAAAUA